AUAUAGUAGACGACGUAAAAAAUGAGUAUGGCGUUGAUGUUUCUUAUAUGACGGCCUGGAGGGCUAGAGAAAAGGCAAUGAAUGAAUUAAGAGGGGAACCAACAGAGUCAUACAAGAAGUUACCGGGAUAUGUGUACAUAUUGGAUAAAACAUUCCCUGGAUCACAUGUGAUAUUGCACAAAUCACAACAAAAUGAGUUCUUGUAUUUGUUUAUAGCACUUAAAGCGUUCAUAAAAGGCUUCGAGUGUUGUAGACCAAUAGUUGUAGUAGACGGUUCCCACCUUAAAACUACAUAUAACGGUACUUUUGUAUCAGCCAGCACGUUGGAUGGUGCAGGUAAUAUUCUACCAUUGGCAUAUGGUGUGAUAGAUUCAGAGAACGAUAAGUCUUGGACCUGGUUCUUUGAGCAGUUCAAACAAGCUUAUGGGAAUAGGGAUAACAUGUGUGUUGUAUCAGACAGAUAUGAGAGCAUGAUUAAGGCGGUGUCUAGCGUAUAUCCAACUGUGCCACAUUUGGCGUGCAUAUGGCAUUUAUGGAAAAAUGUGACCGCGAAAUAUAAGUCGAAUGGUGAAGUAUUGAGUCCUGUAUUCUAUGCACUUGUAAAAGCAUACACACGACAGCCGAGUUUGAUAAGGCAUGGAGAAGAUUGA